AUGGAUUGGAAUUUAAAUAUUCAAAAAGAAGUAUCAUGGGCUAAGGAGCAAGGUGCUCGCGUUCAUCCCCUCUUAAAAUUUUCCGUCAUCCCCAAUGCCGGAAGUUGCAUUACAAAUGCAAGUCGGAUUGAAGCAGGUGAAACUUUGCUUUCUUUACCUAAUAAUGUUUUAAUUAACAAAACCACCUGUUCUUGGUGUCCAUUUGCAAAACAUCUAACUUCCUUUCAGCUUCUAUCCUGGAUUUUAUGUAAAGGAAAGAGUACUGGCAUGGAAAAAUGGCCAUAUUACAUCGAAGCACUACCACAAGAUUUUUCAUGGCAUCCAGUAAUGUUCUCUAUAAAUGAUCCUGUAUGGUCUGAUGUGCCGAAAGAUGUACAGAAAUUGGUUCUUGAAAGGAAACAAUCCUUAUUGCAAGAUUAUCAGAGCAUAUCAAAGUUUGAAAAGCUAGACUGGGCAGUAUUUCAGUGGGCUUGGCUUUGCGUAAAUACUAGAUGUUUAUAUUAUCAAAUUGCAUCGAGUUCUUCUGAUGAACAAUUAACUUUAGCACCUGUAUUUGAAUAUUUCAAUCAUUCUUUUGAUGCACAAACGGACCUACAGAGAAGCCGUACUGGUAUAUCUAUUAUAGCCAAGCGUGCCAUAGAGAAAGAUGAGCAACUAUACUUGUGUUAUGGAGCUCACGGAAACGAUCAGUUAUUUUCUGAGUACGGAUUUUGCUUGGGUGAGAAUCCCCUCAAUCAUUUUGCUCUGGAUGACGAGUUUACUUUCACGGAAAAGCAGGAAGAGUUUCUUAAGUGUCAUGGGUAUUGGAAAGACUAUACGUUUUCCAUGGACGGUCCCUCGUUUCGUACAUUGAUUGCUUUGCGGGUCUUGUUAGUAUCCAAGUCUACUGAUUUGUUUGACUCUAACUAUGAUGCUACUAGAAAGCUGUUGCAAUACAUGAAUGGUUUGUCAGACGGCAGCCGAGAAUCCCCUAUGGUCCAAGCACUGUGGGAUAGACAUUUAACAGUUCUCCUGCAAAUAGUUAGAAAACAGGUUGCUAAAAUGGACGAACUUAGAAACAAGGAUUACACGCAGAGGUGUAUUCUACAGCUUUGGAAAGAUCGUCAGAUGUGCAUAGAGUAUUUAUUAAAUCGUCCUAUAGAAUAG